UUUCCAUGGUGGAGCGGAGAGUAGAGCGACGGGAUCUGCGAGUAAUAAUUGGCAAACCCAGUGUUCCGCCGCCAUGAAUUUGGCCGGCCCAGCAGGCGUCUCAGCCAAAACUCUCAGCGGCCGCUCAGCAAAAUGGCCCAUAUUCGCCACUAAACCCGAACUCCGAUCACACGAAAUCUUUCACUUCUCUCCCUCCAACCAAUUCCACCAUCUCUGCAACAACAACCUCAUAGUUCCCUCCGCAUCCUGGAAGCCCUUCGCGGUCUCCUCUCGUCUCCACCCUCCGGAACUUUCAACACUCUCCGACGUCUGUAGAACAAAAAUGGGGAGGUUGAUUGAUGAGUGUUCUCGUAGGCAAACCCUAGCUAUAAUUGCGGCUCUGAUGGGAGUCUUGCUGAUCGGAAAUGGUCCUGAAAGAGCCCUAGCGUCCAAUUCUCCAUCAGCUUUCGUUCAGAACGUCAUUUACUCCAACAAAAUCGCUAUCUUCUCCAAAUCUUACUGCCCGUAUUCCAUGCGUGCAAAGCACAUAUUUGAAGAACUAAAAGAGACACCUUUUGUUGUGGAGCUGGAUCUUCGAGACGAUGGGCACCGCAUUCAAGAUGUCCUUCUAGAUCUGGUGGGCCGCAGAACAGUCCCACAAGUAUUUGUGAAUGGGAAACACAUUGGUGGAUCUGAUGAUCUCCACAGUGCUGUAAAAAAUGGGCAAUUGGGAACUCUUCUUGCCAAAGAAUAACUCCAGAGGAUGAUGCUGAGAGAUUAUAGCGUCUCAACUGAAGUGGCUGCCCUCCGCAUGCCUGGAAGACUCAACUAACUUUUGUAGGGCAAUCUUGUUCUUGGCUAGCCUAGGUCAACUGUUUAGGUUGUAAUCAUGUCAACCCCAUGUCAAUCUGAGGUUGGAUACAUUUGUAAUAAUAAUAGUGACUAUUUUGUAUUUGAAUUAGUGAAAAUUUGAAUUUGAUUGCAUGGUAGCAUAUAAAGACAACUUUCUAUGGCUUUGUGUUACA